AUGUCAUCAUGCUAUGAUGUCAAUGUGUCGUCUUCAAAUAAGAACCUCAACGAUGGGAAAAAACUCAAAGCGCUUAUAGUAGAUGAUGAUCGUAUAGUUCGAAUGGUACACAAAGGACUUCUGAAGAAAUUUGGUGUGGAAACUCAUGAGGCGAAAAAUGGCCAAGAAGCUAUUCUUGCUCAUCGCGCUGGUGCAUGCUUUGAUCUGAUUUUGAUGGACUUAGAUAUGCCAGUGAUGAACGGUCGCCAGGCAACUCAAGAACUACGAGAUAUGGCUGUGGUAAGCUUGAUUGUGGGAGUGACUUCUACUGGAGAAGAAGAGAAAGAAGCAUUUAUGAAUGCUGGUCUUGAUUAUUAUUAUCAGAAGCCACUUACUGUUGAUGUUGUUCGCCUUCUUGUGGAGAAAUUUAAAGACGAUGCUUAG